AUGACGAGAAAGAAGGCGAAGGCGACCGAUGUUGGAGGAGCAGACACACAAAAUGGUGGCAGUGCCUUGCCGGUCAAGAGCAACUCCCCUCCUCCACCACCAGCACCCUCGACGCCGACACUGGUGAUAUGUCGAAACAAGUAUCCAAUCGACCCUGCCGUCUUCUUCGACCUGGUCAAGAUCCGCAGGCUGAUCGACGAUGCGACCAGUCUCGCUGUCCGUGCUGCUAAUGGUACCACUUCUUCGUCGCUCAACAACUCACUCAACGGGUCCAAUGGCAUGCUUAGUGGCUCAGAUGCAGAGAUAUUGGGCAUUGGAUCUUCAAGAGGUGGAGGAAACGCGAAGCUGAGCAGGGAAAGGAAGCAUCGCAUGCGCGAACAUGCUACUCAGAAACUGUCGCAGGCAUACAGGCUGGAUGAGAUCGCGACUAGCGUCGUCACCAUGCAAUCAGCGUCUGCCCUGGAAGAUGUGGCCAAGUUCGUCCUCCAGCGAGAAGAAACCAAUGUCGACGCCCAAUAUGUCCAUUUCUUUCACGAGAAGAUACCCUCAAGAGCACUUGCGGCAUCGACCACACUCGAUACCCUGAACGACAUAAUACAUCGCAUGCCCACGGAAGCUUCCACCUAUCGGACCAGAGCCGUCACCCGCAUGUUCAAGAGAGAUGCGACGGGCGCCGUCAAGGAUCUGACGGAUGGAUUGGCCACCUUCCGACUCUACCACACUCAAGCACAGAAUGAGCAGCGUGAUCUCGUGCUCGCCAAAGACGCAGCCAAGGCAGCUCGAGAUUAUAACCGGGAAGCCAAAGUCGCCGAGAAAGACCAGCCCAGCAGCCUGGAACCCCAAUUCCUCUUUCACCGCGCCAACACCUAUUUGACUAUGGCAUGUGAUUACAUCGCUGACGCAUUACACGGCCAGCCACCGCGCGACGCGCCACCACCCACGACGUCCGAAGGCGAGCAGCCCAAAGUAGAUCCUCAGGAGAAGGAGGCCGCACGUGCUCGAGCCGAAGCCCGCAAGUAUGUGCGUACCUAUGCCAAGCGAGCCCUCCGCGACUACAUGGGGUUUCUUGGCCACCUCGAGUACACGCCUGGACUGUCUGCAGAGUAUACCGAGGCCUUCCUCCAAAAAAUAGCUGCUUCCACUGCCACCACCAACGGCCGCCACAGCAAUGACUCCCGCUCCCGUGCCGAGAAACUCCUCGACAUCGACGCUCACUCCCAGUCCGGCAUCUCGGACGCCCUCGUCAAAUACGACCAAAGGCAGGACGCCUCAAAUGCACCCAUGCUUGACAUUCCCAAACCCAAGAUCUACAAAGUGAACGCCCUCUUCGCCCCCAACCCGCCUGCGGACCUACCUCCAUUUCCACCCUCGACUUCUUCUCCAACUAUCCCACCUCUUUCACAUCCCGCCAUCGACCUGCCCUCUCUCUCCGAAUCCCUGACCUACCACCCCCUCCUGACCGAAGUCCUACACUCGUUGCUGCUAGCGCACGCCUUGGUUCAAACUUCGGCAAAGGAGCACCAGCGCCAUGCGUACAUGACCGCUCGACUGGCACGCGUUUUGGACGGCUACCCAGUCUUUCUGGCGGCACGGAGCCCUAGCAGGGGCGACUGGAGUGAGAUUCUACGCCGAACGGGCAACUACCUGCAACUGCAGACCGCGUCUUGGGACAAACUCUGCACGCCAGCGCCUCCACCUGGAGGCCGAGGACAAAGGCAGGGCUCGAAAAGCGGCGGUACGGCGGUGGUGAGGAAAGGCAGUGCUGCGGCGGUGGCAGAGAAAGAAACAGCGGAGCAGAAACGGGAGCGUAUCAAGCGCGCAGCCAUAGAAGGCGCGAUGGGCGACGAAAGAGUCGUGGAUGAGGAGACUUUCCGGCGCAGUGUUGCUGCCAGGGAAGCGCUGGCCGAGAAGUUGGAGAAAGAGGAAGCUGAGGCGGACGAAAAGGCUGCAAAGAACGGUGCAGCAAACUCUUCGCUACUUACCAAUGGCAGCGAUACUGAGUGCAACGGCUCCAAGACCAGCGAAGAUCAUGCCAGUACCGCCUCGGCAGCCCCAGAGGACAAGCCCCUCCUCAACAAGGACAGAACUACCAGCAGCAACUAUGGCAACGAAGCUUCGAAAGAUUAUCCCAUCUCCACGGACCGCGCAGACCUCAUCGUCCGGUGGAUCAGAGAAGCACCACCUCCCAGCUCCAGCCUCGAAGGCUCGGAGGGCGGCGCGAAGAAGAAGUCGAGGUCGAGCGCUGCUGCUAAGGGCAGGCUGCGGAAAAUGGCGAGUCAGACUACGACUGCCAGUGUUGAGACCGGCAUGGAACAGAGCGUGGAGAGCUUGACUGUCGAUUGA